GUCGUGCCAGAAUCUAGAUUAUAAUUACCAGCACUUUACGUUCUCGAAGUGCAUAUCGUGCGAUACGUGUUGCCGGCCGCUAAUGAUGUCACUUUGACUAGAAGAGCCCUACCAACCUUCGAUCCUGGGCCACCGCAAGAUCGCUCAGCACAUGUCCACACAAGCAACUUGAUCACUAUUAAGAAGUCAGCAUAUCGAUAUGCCUUCGUGGGACAACACACCCAGCGGCACGAUGACCGCCGCAGCGCUGUCAUUACCGGGCGCCCAACCGCCAUCUAAAUGCUUCACCAUAGAAAAUUAUUACCCCAAGCCCACACUUCCAUCGCAAAAAUGGGUUCUAAUAAAGGUCAAGGCCGCCGGUCUGAAUCGAGCUGAGCUUCGUGGAAGAAAUGGCGAUCAGCCAGCACCACCUGAGUUCGGAAUGUUUGUUGAUGAGUUCCAUCCCGAUCCACCAAAAGUCCUUGGCGAGGAGUUUGUUGGGAUCGUCGAGGAGGCAGGCUCCGAGACCAAAUUUGGAAAAGGUGACAUGUGCACUGGCUUCAUCUAUGGAGGCGGCAAGGCAUUUGAUGGAGCCUACGCCGAAUAUGUCAUCUGCCCAGCUCAGCGUUGUUUUAGGCUACCUGAGACUUCUCUGUCAUGGGACGUGCUGGGCGCAAUUACAAUGUCCAUGUGGACAGCAUACGGAUCCCUGUUUGAGGCAGCUCAGCUCGCUAAGGGCGCGACUGCCCUCAUCCAUGGAGCAACAAGCAGCGUCGGCGUAUGGGCUGUUCUGCUAGCCAGAGAUCAUGGAUGUACCGUCAUUGCCACUACCCGUAAAAAGGACAAGGUCGCAAAGCUCAAAUCGAUCGGAGCAGAUCAUGUUGUUCUCGAGGAUGAGCUCAAGGAGCAGCUGAAGAGAUUGGCCCCAAAAGGUGUGGACUGCCUACUGGAGCUGGCGGGACCCGACACCAUCCAGACGCUAGCUCUGCCCAACCUGGCAAAGUACGGGUCUGUAGUGGUUACUGGAGUUCUUACCAAGCAAUGGUCUAUGAAAGACUUCACACCCGCACUCAUCCCACCUACUCGGAAAAUGACUUUCUACAGCCUGGAACCCGGACAGGAAGAUAUCGAAGGCGUGGAGAGUGUGAUUGCAGAUGUGAUCAGCAGAGUAGAAUCUGGGACAUUCAGGUCUGAAAUGUUUCUUGACAAGACAUUUCCAUUGGAGAGAAUAGGUGAGGCACAUGGGUACAUGGAGGAGAAUAAGGCAAUUGGGAAAGUUGUUGUGACUGUACCUUGAGCAUCACUCGACACAGAGAGUCUAUAACAGAAGGGUGUGAUUGGUCUUCGCAAGAUGAGACAUCUCUGAACGUGAGACCAUGUGUUUGGGGUGUGCUCAGAUAAUGAGUCUAAGACAUGUGUUUGAUGACAAUUGAAAUCAACAAUGCUCCUCGUCUAUCUCAAGAAAUCUACAUUGAC